AUGCUUAUAAUCAAAUCUGCACAUAAUCGAGCUUAGGAUCAUUAGGAUCAUAUAGAAAUAUAGGAUCAGUAUGACUGCGAUCCUAUUCGUAUCCUAUAGGAUUAGUAGGAUCAUGAUCGUAUUCCGAUUCAAACGAUCCUACAUUAAAGCUUAAGCUUAAAUGUGCAUAUUUUACCAGCCAAACAAAUUAUGGGCUGGCCCAUAAACCCAAACAAAUUAUGGACAAAAUGAUUUAUAAAAAAAAAAAACCCCAAUUUUGGCCUUUUCCCAUUCUCUUUCAGAAUUUCACCAACAAUCAACUCUAACUCUCCAAGUCUUCUAUUUGCAUUCUGCAACAUCCCGCCACUGCACACUGCCGCCACACCGCCUGCCGCCACCGCCCAUUGAUCUACGGCACCGACCAGGCGAGACCGGAGUGACCCAGACCCUGUGGCCGUCAAUUGAAGCAGUGAAGCAGAGCAACUGAGCAAGGUGAUCUAUAAUUCUGGGUGACUCACAGGUUCGGAAAUCCUGGAUCUGCCUCAUGGUGGUGAUAAUUUCCAUUAUGUACUUCAUAGUUGCUUAUGAACUUGGGUGAGAAGUCAUGGUGGGAUUUAAAAAUAGGUACAUGGUGUUGGAAAUUUUUUUGGAUCCUAACAAGGAUCUCAUGGUGGAUGAUCCUGUUAUUGUUACCCAGUUCAAUGUGGCGAAAGCAAUAAAAGACAGCAUUCUUGUCAACUUUGGGGAGUGUGGUCUUGCUUCUUCCCUUGGCUCUUUCCAAGUUAAGUAUGUGAAUCCAAUUACAAAGUUGUGUAUGGUUAGAACAUCAAGGGAGGACUACCAGAAAGUCUGGUGUGCAAUUACCAUGGUUUCAAGCAUUGGAAAUUGCCCUGCUUUAUUUAAUCUGCUUGAUCUAAGUGGGAGUAUCAAAGCUUGCAGAAAAGCUGCCUUGAGUUGUGAAGAAGCAAAAUUUGCGCAGUAUAAGCUUUUAAAGGGAGGUCAAGUUACAGAUGAGUUGAAUCGCCAAAUGCAGGACUGUUUCGAGAAGAUAAAAGUACUGGAACAUUAGUGAGUAUUCCUGUAUUGAACUCACUAUUGUAGUUCUGGAAUUGAAGAUGCGUAGAUAAUCUUCCAAUUUUGUAUGAUGCUCCAUAUGAAUUAGGUUGAGUGAAGAUUAUGCCUAGUCGGCAGCUAAUUUAAGGCCCGCAUAGAGUUCAGUGAAAUGAACUCAGUUUUGCUAUUAAGUUUUUUCACAACUUAGUUUGAGCUAUUUGAAUGGCCUUGAAAUUCUGGACCAUUGUUUAGAGUUCCAGAAUCAAGUUCUCUUGCUUCAUGUAGUCUACGAUUAUACCUUGAACCCAAUUUAUAUGUAUUGUAGAUAGAUGAUGGCCCCGUGAUUCGAUUGAUAUCAAAGGCCAUGUCGUGCUGUCCCUAACACAUGUGAUCUAAGGCAAGUUUCUGUAUAUUGUAGAAGUUUUCUGAGCAUCUAAAACUGUUUUUAGUUUCUUCU